AUGAUUGUACGUAUCGAGUAUAUCUUGUCAUUGGACAUUGAACUAGCCACUGCAAUACGAUGUUUAGACGCACUGCUGAACUGUAACAUGCCGAAAAUUGUGGUGAACAAAGCGUUUUACAAAGCCGCGACACGAGACAAUAUUAUACUGAUGAACAAGCUGCUCAACCGUGGAGCGCACAUAGAUUACAAGGACAUGUCGACGGGGUUCACGGCACUUCUACUGGUCGCGAAGAGCAAGAACGUGAGGGCCACACAGUUCUUGCUAGAGAAGGGCGCCGAUCCCAUGGUACACGACCUCAACGGUUGGACGUGUCUUCAUUUUGCCGUUUUCUACCAAUUUCCCGUCCGGAUACUGCAGACGAUGUUGAUGAAGACCUGCGGCCGGGAACUGAUCGAUUUUCAGACGUGCAACCAGGAAACGGCACUACACUUGGCUGCCAGACGUGGCAAUGAGGCGGGGGCGGUGGCUUUGUUGCAGGCCGGCGCCCGCGUGGACCUCCUCGACAACAAGUUMCGCACACCGUUGAUGACCGCCCUGUUUUGGCAGCAAAACGACUCGAUGGUCAGGCUGAUGGUUUUGGCGGGUGCUAGCGUGAACCGUGUGCCCGGUUCGUCACUGGCGCCCCUGCUCAUGGUGGUCGCACGGAACAACUUGUUACURACGCAGCUCAUGCUCGAACACGGCUCCGUCGUCGUGGAUCUGAAAAACGACGACUUGAACUGGACGAUCAUCCAUUCGGCCUGUCAGGCUGGUAAGUGGUUUUUGAUGUUAUAA